AUGGCAGCGACAACCGAGCUCUUCACGCGAGGAGGGCCCGACAUGGCAGACAACAGGGGCCAGAGCAUGGUGGCCAAGCACUUGGACAAGCUGCAAAAGAACAAGGAGGAUGCCGCGGUGGCCAAGCUGAAGGCCUUGAUGCCUCACGUAGGCCCGGUUGCUCGGGAGAUGGCCCUCCAGGAAUGUGGGUGGGACACUGAGCGUGCCCUGGCCCUGUUGCGCAAGUUUGCCCUCUCCAAUGCCCAGGAGCUCAGCACGAUCCAAAAGGUAGUCAAGUCAGAUGAUGAUAAUCGGCGGAGUAAGAAGCAUGGGAAGAGCAGCAAGAAGAGGGAUGGCAAGCGACACAGCAGCUCAAAGUCCAAGAAGAAGCACAAACACAAGAGGUCGAGGUCGGGGAGUGAAGACAGACCACCAAAGGGCGCUGUGGGGUCAGAGUAUGGAAAGCAUGGCAUCAUUCGAGAGACAGACAUGUAUGCCAAGCGCCCAGAGUUUAUGCUAUGGGCCAUCGAGGUCAAAAAGAUUGAUGUGGAGAUCAUGCCCAAGUUUGAGGAGAAGGAGCUGUUCAGAGAGUACAUGGAGGACUACAACACCGCCACCCUGCCACACCAAAAGUAUUAUGACACUGAGCUGUACGAGAGGCAGCGGGCAGCCAAGGCCGCCAAGCGCGCAGCAAAGAAUGGGCCCAAGGAGAGGACCGCAUUUGAGGACGAGGCGGAGCUGAAGGCCCAGCUGGCGGCGCAGCGGGCGGAGGAGCAGCGCGAGCGGCUGAAGGCGGCCUACGGCGAGCUGCACACCACCGACAAGGCCAAGGCGAUGCGGGAGCAGGAGCUGAUGCGCGCGCAGAUGACGCUGGCGUACCGCAUGGGCGACCACUCCGAAGCGCAGCGCCUGGCGGCGCGCCUGGCCCCUGACGACCCCAGCAACCCCCACCGCUGA